UCUUCUUCUUCUGUUGUUUGUGUGCUGUUUAAAUCAUGGAUAUUCUUUUCAUUGAGCAGCUCGCUCUUUCUUUUAUUAUUAUAUCAUCUUUCACUAAUUAAUGUUAUAUUCUUCGGGUUAGUGCUCUGGUUUUCAAGAAUAGAAAAUUGGGUUUCGUUCAGAUUUGAUUGUAAGUGUUGUUUUGUGGCGAAGAGCUCUGGGUUAUCUUUUUCCCAGGCUCCACUCUUUUGGGAGCUGUUAUAGGUAGUGCUCGAAUUUCAGGCCAACCAAGUUCUCGGGAUUCCCGCUUUGAAGUUAUUGAGACAGAUCCACGUGAAAGCAGCUCAUGUUUUCUGGGGAAUGGAAUCAGAUCUUCAACGCCGGAAUCAUUAUCAUCAACCUCAACAACAUCAAAAACAGAUGAACUCUGGCUUGACGAGGUACCAAUCUGCACCCGGUUCAUAUUUUUCGAAUAUCUUGGACAAAGACUUCUGUCAGGAGAUUCUAAACCGGCCGUCGAGUCCCGAAACAGAACGAAUUAUCGCCCGGUUCCUAUCGAGCGGUGACGAUGCCGGUGGCGGAACCGGAGAUAAUCCGGAGAACGUUUCUGACCAGAAUCUCGGCUCGAUAAUGCCGAACUCACCCGUGAGAGAAACGACAGUGAAAAUCGAGCCGCAGAUUAUGACGCAAAUGAAUAAUCAAACAGGGGUCAUUCAUCAGCAGCAGCAGCAGGGGAACUAUUCCUCUGUUCCAAAGAAUUUUUAUCAAAGCCAACCAAAUUCAACCAUGGAUUACCGGGUUCCGAGCUCGACAAAGAUGGAAAAUUGCAAUAAUUCGAGUCUUAUUCGGCAUAGCAGCUCCCCUGCAGGGCUAUUCUCCAAUAUAAACAUUGAAAAUAGCUAUUAUGGAAGCAUUAAUAGCAGUAACAUAGAAUCAGCACUUCCUUCGGCAAGCAGGCCGCCACCCUCUAGGCUGAUGAGUCCGAAACCGAGCUCCGACAACGUCGUACUGCCGAGACAAAAUCUUCGCAGCAAUUAUUCCUCGGGGUUUCCGGUUUCUUCUUGGGACGACUCGAUGAUGGUUUCCAAUAACAUGUCCGGCGUAAAAGGACUCAACAAAGACGAUCGAUCGCUUUCCGGCUUCGACUUCGACAGAACAGAAACUCAGAACACGAUGGGGGCCGGAAACCAUCCGCCGCCACUUUUGGCUCAUCAUUUGAGUUUACCGAAGAGUUUGCCGGAUAUGUCGGCCAUCGAGAAGCUGUUGCAGUAUCAGGAUUCGGCUCCGUGCAAGAUCCGAGCCAAGAGAGGGUUUGCCACUCACCCUAGAAGCAUUGCCGAGAGGGUAAGAAGAACCAAAAUAAGCGAACGCAUGAGGAAGCUCCAAGACCUUGUUCCAAACAUGGAUAAGCAAACAAACACUGCCGACAUGUUAGAUUUGGCUGUUGAUUAUAUCAAAGAUCUUCAAAAACAGGUGGAGACACUGUCGGAGAAUCGAGCAAAGUGUUCGUGUGGUUACAAGCAGCAGCAAUAAUAUUUAUCUAAAAUCCAGCCCCAUUGAAAUUAUGAUAGAAACCGGUUCGGCUGUAAAGUAACACGUGAUU